AAAGUUCUAUUUAAAGCCCCACCUAAGGCUUCAGCUAUACUCAACAUACUCUAUCUCUCUCUCUCUCUCUAGCUCUCUCUCUCGUUCUCUCUCCAUCGAUUCCUUUGCGUGUAAGGUUCUUAGAGCGUUCUUGAGAUUCAAUGGCAAACACCAUGGCAGAUCAUGUUCUGAGCGAGGAACAGAUUGUCGAGUUUAAAGAAGCCUUUAGCCUAUUCGACAAAGAUGGAGAUGGUGAGCAUUUCUCCUUUAUGCUUAUCGUUUAUGGUUCUACCUUGUUUAUAAUAAUUAUAAGCACUUUAGAUUUACAACAGGUUUUCAAGAAUAUGUAUCUAAAUAUUCAUGUUGUGGUUGCAUUUGAUCGUGUAGGUUGCAUUACCAUUGAAGAACUGGCGACUGUUAUCCGGUCACUGGAUCAAAAUCCGACUGAGGAGGAGCUUCAGGACAUGAUAAGCGAAGUUGAUGCCGAUGGAAAUGGGACUAUUGAGUUUGCAGAAUUCCUCAACUUAAUGGCCAAAAAAAUGAAGGAAACUGAUGCAGAGGAGGAGCUGAAGGAGGCUUUCAAAGUUUUUGAUAAGGACCAAAAUGGCUAUAUAUCAGCUACUGAGUUAAGGCAUGUAAUGAUCAAUCUGGGUGAAAAAUUGACUGAUGAAGAGGUAGCACAGAUGAUCAGGGAGGCUGACCUGGAUGGUGAUGGACAAGUCAACUACGAAGAAUUUGUCAAAAUGAUGAUGAACAUCGGAUAAGCAACUCCUCUACAAUAUGAUUGAAGAAAUUUCUUAUUCAAAUUCAUUAAUUUUCAACCCUUAUUUCCUCCUAAGAUCAAUAAUUGUGAUUAAUUACUAGUCGUCUGUUCUUGUUGUACGUUGUAGUAGUAAUUUUAUCAUGUGUCAAUGACCCAAAAUUAGAAUGACUCCAUGGACAAUCAUUAUCAUUUGAUCUGUUCAAACCUAAAUUGUAUUCUUUCUUUUCAAGUAGUUGAACAAUAUUAAUAUCAUGUGAUUUAAGUGUUCAGAAAAAAAAAAAACACCUGGAAAAAUAUAUAUUAGUUAUGUUCUUUAUUUUUA